CUUUCUCUCCCACUCUUCUUUUUCUCAUCACCUUACAUACCUGAAACCCCUAAAUAUCUGUUAAAAUUAUGGUGACUGAACUACAGCACCCACUCGAUCCUCUCUCGGUAGAGGAAUUCCGUAGUGUUGCCGCAAUUGUUCGCAAGGCGCGUGGAUCGGAUGAUACCAACAAUUUCAUCUUCAGCUCGGUUGCACUUUAUGAACCUCCCAAGAAACAAGUGCUAGCCUAUUUGCACGCCUUAACCACCGCCAACAGCUCUGUGGUGGACCCACCCGAUCGCGAAGCGCUCGUUAUUUUGAUUGACCGACCAAGUGGUCUAGUCCAUGAAAUCAUCGUAUCAUUGACCAAAUCCUCGAUCGUCAAGUGGGAAAAACUCAAAGGCAUGCAACCCACACAGCAUCCAGAUGAAAUGCUCGAAGCUGAGCAAAUGAUGAUAAAGGAUGAGCGUAUCAUUGAAGAGUGCCGUCAGCUCGGAGUCACUGAUAUGUCUAUGGUCAAGAUUGAUCCUUGGGCUGUUGGGUUUUACCAUGCUGACAAAGACGUGGCCAAACAAGACAAACGCCGGAUCAUGCAAGGUCUGAUGUACUGCCGGACAUCGGAGGACGAUAAUCAGUACGCACAUCCACUGGACUUUACAGCCAUUUACGACGUUAACGCCCAAGAAGUGAUUGAUCUUAUUCGUCAUGUGCCACGCAACAGUAAAUUUGAACGCGCGAGUGUACCCAUGGCAAACCAUCAUUUCUUACCUGAGCAUCUGGGCCAAGACAAAAUGCGCAAGGAUAUAAAGCCAAUCCAAAUUACGCAACCCGAAGGUGUCAGUUUCACCUUACGAGGUCAUACACUGGAUUGGCAAAAGUGGAAUAUGCACAUCGGAUUCAACUAUCGUGAAGGUGUCGUUAUCAGCAAUGUCACGUACAAGGAUGUAGGAGACCAAGUACGACCUGUGCUUUAUCGUGUGUCUCUUUCAGAAAUGGUGGUUCCGUAUGCCAAUCCCUAUGAGCCUCACACGCACAAGAUGGCUUUUGAUGUUGGCGAAUAUGGGCUGGGUAAUAUGUCAAAUUCUCUCGAGUUGGGAUGCGAUUGUGUGGGCGACAUUACAUAUAUGGACGGCGUGAUUACGGAUCUCAAGGGCGAACCGACAGUUAUCGAGAAUGCCAUAUGUAUCCACGAAGAGGAUGCUGGUCUUUUGUUCAAGCAUACGGAUUAUCGAUCUGGCAAGGCCCAUUCGGUUCGCUCGCGUCGUUUGGUCGUUUCCAAUAUUAUCACUGCCGCCAAUUACGACUAUGGCUUGUACUUUUACUUUUACCAGGAUGGGACAUUCCAAUACGAAGUUAAGGCUACAGGUGAACUGAACACGCAUAUUCUGGCAGAGGACGAGGACCCAGCACCUUAUGGCACGAUAGUCGCACCACAAGUGGUCGGCCAACACCACCAACACUUGUUUAUGAUGCGCAUUGAUCCCAUGGUUGACGGCAUUGAUAACUCGGUUAUGCAAGUGGACGUGGUGCCAUCUACAGACCCUGUGGGUCACCCAGAUAAUCGCGUUGGCAAUGCCUUUGUGCCUGUGACUCGGAUCUACAACACAACGGAUGAAGCCCAAGUACGCAGCAACGCAGACUCCUCGCGUUUCUGGCAAAUCAUCAACGAAAGCAAACUGCACCCAUACACGAAAAAGCCGGUCGGAUUCAAACUUGUCAGCAAUAACACGCCACCCAUGCUCCCUAAACCAGGAGCCAUUGUCACAGAACGUGCCAAAUUUGCGACAAAGACGGUCUGGGUUACGCCGUAUGAGGAACAUCAGUUGUUCCCAGGUGGAUCCUACUGCAGUCAAAGCGAGCCCGGCAUGGGUCUACCUGAAUGGACUAAAGAGUCAGCUAGUGUACGUGAUAAGGAUAUUGUGGUAUGGCUCACGUUUGGCCUUAACCACAUUCCACGCGUCGAGGAUUUCCCAAUCAUGCCUGUUGAGACGUGUGGGUUCCAUCUCAAGCCGUGCAAUUUCUUUUUGGGGAAUCCAGGUAUCGACAUUCCCCCGUCGAAGAAGCAAACUGCUUCAGCAGCGAAUAACAGCAAUGGAUGUCAUUGCUAAACGAAAUAGUAUCUAGCGUGUUUCGGAUGAUGAAAAUAUAUCGUAUCUUUUAAUAGUAAGAUGUAGAUCUUUGUCUUUCUUUAUAGUAUGGAUAUGCAAUGUGUGUGUUAGAGUGUGUGUGUGUGUGUGUGUUUAGAGAAGAGAGGCAGAAGGUUGGGAAGGGGCCUUGUGUGUAAUCAAGUUAGGGAGAGAGAGACCUUUGGCAGAAAGACAAGGGAGAGUG